UAGAUUUUCUUUAGGGACGGUAAGUUCCUGGCGGUAAAGUGUUUAACUUAUAAAUGCGCCAUCGUUAUAUUAGACGCACUGAUUGUUUUUGCAGUGUAAUAUAGAAGCAAGACAUUAAAAUGUAAGCGCAAACAUUUUCCGGGAGAAAAGCCGAUACGCUAUUUGAAUGGAUCCAUGCUUGGUUGGACUCCGGUUUAAGGAAGCUUGUCCGCCCGGCAGUCGGAGCGGAGGGGGACUCGACGGCGAGAAGCUUCAGGCGCGGUGUUAGCUGCUGACGGACACCGAAAUAGCUCCGCGACGGCUUUCCGAGCAUCUUAAACCAGCGCAGCAAUGUGCAUAUUGUCGCCGUAACUCUCGUUUUGUGUCAUAUUCAGAGAGAAAAAUGUAACUGAACGGAGGCAGCUGCACUCCAAUGGUCGAAGACCUCACCAUACUUCACUAGAAUGUACUUGAUGAAUGUACCUCCUGUCGCAGUGACGCAAACAGAAUGGAGAACAUGUGGCCCGCCUGGAGGCUAUAGCCCUCCAGUUUGCUUCAAUGACUCUGACACAGAGUUGUCCACCAGAGGCACACCUAUCUCAGACAAGGUCCAGAUGAUCAUAGAGAGUCUUAGGAGCACCCAGUCCUCACUCGAGAUGGGCGACGAGAUCGAGGGGAAUGUGCUAUCAGGACGGGAGGGUCAUCCCCAAGUCUGCAAGGUUGCAGCAGGUUCUUAUGUGGGAGUCAAGUCCAAAACUAAAAGCCCCACUGAAAACCUGCACGCUGACAUUUCCUCGCCAAACAACCGUGAAAGCAGUGACUCAGAUAGCGACGAUUCUGUGGACAGAGGAAUCGAGGAGGCAAUACUGGAAUACCUGAAAGAAAAGGAUGAUCACAAACGCAAAGUGGAACCAUGCUCGACUUUUCUCCCAUCGUCCAAAAUUCAGAGAAGAAACCCAUCCAUUCCUGAGGUGUCCAAACAGCACGGCAACAGCGAUGCAUUCUUGAUUGCGGGUAGCAAUUUUCCAAAAAGCCUCAAAGUCGAGACCCCAGCAGUACCCACUCUCAUACCUAUAAAAAAGUAUAUUAAAAACAAGGCAUCCCUAAAUGAAAAUAUAGUUAAGAACUUCGAUUUGAAUAAAAGCACAAACAAAAGUUUGGAGUGUUCAAAAGAGCAAGCAAGAAAUCCCUCUAAACCAGUGAGUCUCGUCAACAAAACUGUCAGUUACCCCGUCACGGCUAAGAUGGAAGACUCGAAUGAUUCCAGUAGCGACGACGGCAUCGAGGAGGCCAUUCAGAGAUAUCAGCUGGAGAAAAAGGAGCAGCAGAACGCAGCAGAUGCUUUCGAUCCACGUGCAUUCAAAGAGGAGUCUGACACGAGUAGCGACGACGGGAUUGAAGAAGCUAUUCGCUGCUACCAGCUUGAGCAACUCAAGGAGAAGAGCGUCCUGAAGCCAUUGCUGCACAAGGAGAAACCCUUCAGUAAGUCUAUAAUACACAAUGUUGCGAGUACAAGCGCAGAGAACAUCAAGAGACAGAAGCUGAGGAAAAAGAUGAGCACGACAGAAAAAGAAGUGAAAACUUUCCAGCCUACUCCAUCUGUUUCUAUACCCAAACCUACACUUUCAGACAGCUUGAAAGGUAAAGAAAAUGGAUUUUUGUCUUAUAAAGUAGAGAGUUUGAAGGAGCAGGCAGCCCCUGCCCCUCCAAAGGCCAAUACAACUGCAGAGCUCAUGUGUGCUGAGGCAAUACUGGACAUUUCAAAGACUGUCAUGCCUGGGCCCUUCCAUCAUAGCAUUGGCCUUAGUGGUUGUGUCACCAAUGAAUCUUCCUUCCAGUCUUCUCUUCCUGAAAACUGCCCCUGUGAAGAAAGCAAUGACAGCUCCAUCGAUAGUGAAGAUGGGAUUGAGCAAGAAAUCAGGAAAUUUCUCGAGCAGAAGGCCCAAAUGCACAAACAGGCACCCAGCUCUGCUGUGACUCAAGACGCUCAGGGUACAAAUGAAAUGGAGAAGGUAAAAGCAAAUGAACCACAGAUCGAAAAGAAACCAUCAAGACUGUCUUUAAAGCAACGAAGAAAACACAAAGAGAAAAACAGUUGUGUUACCACCAUGGCAGUGGCAGAGGACAGCGUUAAAGAAACCGCCUCUAAGCCUUUACCUGACCAUACAAAAGAAUCAAAGCUCUUGGCAUUGCCCCAGAGAAGUCAAACACACCCUGCCACUGGAUUACACAAGUCAGACCAAAGUGGAGACAAAAGCAGCUCUCUUGACAGCGAUGAGGACCUAGACACGGCGAUAAAAGACCUUCUGAAAACGAAAAAGAAAUCAAAGAAAAAGAUGAGAGACUUAAAGCGGAAAUCAAGGAAGUGCCUCAAAGAUGACGACCUGUUGUUAGGAAAUGCAUUUCAGACCAAAAAGUUACACAUUGACUCUCUUUCCAAGUGUAGUGCUUUGAAAAAGGUGCAGAAAAGUAAGAAUGACAAGAAAGACAAGCCUGGGCUGGGGAAAAAGAGCAUUUCACAACAUAAGCAAGUUUAUAAAAGUAAGAAGCACGAGCUGCAUGAAGGUGAGAUCCUGAAGGGAGCCGAGCGUCCAGACAUCCAGUUUGUGCACACUGCGGAAGCCGCUCCUCAGAUUAAGGAGGACAGCAGCUCAGUAGACAGCGAUGACAGUAUUGAGCAAGAGAUCCGAAGAUUUCUGGCUGAAAAGGCCAAAGUUUCUACCGCAGACAAAAUUAAAGAUGGCGAUAUAGCCAGGAAUGGUACUGUCACUAUUUGUAGCUCAUUUCAAGAUAAAAACAUUAAACAGGAAAAUCAGCUGGCUGAGAUUCCAACAAAAAGUACCAGUCCUCUCUCUGAAAAGUCUCUCAUUAGUAGUCCAGCUCAUAAUAGACUUCAGACACCACAGACUGUUAUUCCAGACAUCUCUGCGGUCGGUGCACAAUCACAUCUGCCCUCAGCCCAGUCCUGCAGUCCCAGUCUUUUGGAACCAGCAGAUGGGGCAGGGGCAGCAAGAACUGAGCAAAGGAGACCCAGUAUUGAUAAAGGUGAUGUCCACAACGCCACCUCACAGACGAAGAGGGCUCGACCAAGUUUGAGUCCUAGCAUCGCUCAUUCUCGCUCAGAGGCAAUCAAAUGGCGCCAGAGCCUCGGACUACCUACUCACGAUGCGAGGACUCUCAGUCGGACUCCGUUCCACAUCACCUCAUCUGAAAUCAGCGAGGGUGGCCCGGUAACACAUCAGAGUGGAGGAAUGGGCCACAAAUUACAGACUCCGGUUACUGUUUGGUCCUCUGCAAGGACCAGUAAAUCACCAUUCCCCUGUUCUAAAGACACUGCUGGAAAUACUACAUUCACAUCUCCUGUUUUGAAUUUUUUUUCUGCUGCCAGACAGCAUCCGAGGAUGUCCUUUACACGGGAUCUACCCGCUGGCCAGAGGUCCCAGUGCUCCAUUGAAGGGGAGAAGGAGAGUACGGUGCAUAUGCCCAAGGACAAGAGUGUGUUUGUGGAACUGGAAGCUAAUAGGACAAAUCACGUCCAGGUUCAAUGCAGGGAAAGAAGCGAGGUUAAGGAGAGAGCAAACUUGCUAAGGGAGAAGAAAAGCGAAGGCGAGGGCAUGAAGAUAGAUAAUAAAGAAGUGCAUCUAGGAAGAAAAGAGGAAGAGUUUAUAGAUGAGACAGAUUGUGAAUCAGGCCACAAGAAAAAUCCAGAAAAGAAGCAGGGCUUUUCCACAUUGUCUUUAUCCAGUGCCAUUGAUCCCGGCAUUACCUUCAGGCCUUGCAUAGCUCUUACCUCAGAGGAGAGAGGCAGCAUGUUCAACAGGAGAUACUUGGCUGAAAAGUGCAAGAAGGGGAAAACUUCCCUCAUUACCUCUUCUGUGCAUGGCAAGGCUGUGCAGCACGUCAAAAGGAAACUUCAGUUUGUUCCAGUAAGCGGGAAACUGGACACACUCAGCAAGCUCAGCACACACAGUGAGAUAAAAGCUGGCUUUUAAAGAUGCACCUAGGUGCUGCCUGCUGUUAGAGUGUGUAUGGAUUGUUGAAAAACUGUUUUGAAGCCAAGUGUUUAUGUAUUGCAGUUGUUGUUUUUUUUUAUUUUUUUAAACAUUUAGUAAGUAUGUAAGGUUUGGGUAAGUUGUAUAACAGUACUAAGGGCAUUUCAUUUUAAUUUUGGAUUAAAUAUGGACUGAACUCAGGAAUACCUUGAGUAUUUCAGCAUUUAUCUUAGCUUAAUUUCCCAUUUUUCCCUAAUGCACAGUAAAUUUGAUUUGGGGUUAUAUUGUUUGAGGUACCGUAUAUUCAUUCUUAUGCUCAUGAUGCCGCUGCUGUUUUUGUUAGAAGUGGCGUCUUCAUUUACAAACAUUUGUUCUAUAUUAACAGUUUUUCUUCUUACAACUAACACUGGCUUAUGUUCUUGAAUACGUUUCAUAGCUAAAUAACACAAGAACGGUACUGGCUGUGACGUUCCAACUCUUUCAAUAAAGUUGAGCCAAAAAAAAGAUGGGUUAUGGGUGUUGUAGUUUUUUACACAAGCACAUCACGACAAGCGUCUACUUUACGGCAUUCCGGGAACUACAAUUGCGCAGUCGCAGUUUGCUGACCUUCCAUGGUUCUGCAAGCAUGGCUGUCCGGGCACUUACGAGAGGCCUUUUAGGGUUCCGAUACUCACGGGCUGCCACAGUAGCAUCCCCCUGUGGUGGGCAUCACUAUGUGACAGCACCGUCUGUGAAGCCACCUCAACCCCAGGCUGACGAUGUAACAG